ACUGCAAUCCCGAGGACAACAAUGGCUGUCUCUGAGCAGGUGAUGGACAAACAGAGUCAUCUCCAUGACAACAGCCUCAUUAAUGCAAACACUGCGUGUCUAUAGGGACUUAUGGGGACAUUGUGACACAGCAAGCCCCUCAGGCGGACAUGGACGAGUCCCACGCUGAAGACCGCCGACUGGAUUAUAUCGAGGAUUACGUGCUGAGGACUCUUCAAGUCAAACAUGAACUCUGGAAAAAGUGUGUAUCCUGCGAGGAGAACUUGCGGAUCCUGCAGGACUUUCUGGACUCACCGGGACAGGGGAGCUUAGUGGUGUCUGUGACCGCCGCUGGACUCCUGCAGCCCGCCGCUGGAUUCACCUUCCAGUCCACCAGAACCAAGGCGGUCUACUUUCUGAAGACAAGGAGCACGGCGCUCAGCCCUGGCGGAAUGCGGGAAGACCUGGUCUCUGGGGACCUGUCCUACGCGCCGCUGGACCACUUAUCUGCUCUGGUUGACGAGGUUGUGGCCCCUUUGCUUUGCAACAGCAGGAAUCACACCGAAUGGCCUCAGGUGGUGUCCCGGGAUGUCAGACACCUCAUCCACUCCCUCAAGAGCCAUGUGUUUGUGGUGUCUGGCCAAGUGCAAGGCAAGACGCUUCUGUCACUUCCUUUCGGUUUGGAGGGAGCGGAAAAAGCUUCCUUGGAGACAAACAAAAGGGGAGAACCAGUCGAUACGAGCAUCAUCCACUCCUUGGAGUCAGCAGUGAUUGAGUGGAGCCAUCAGAUCCAUGCCGUAGUGAGACAAGACCCCACAGAGGCGUUACCUGAAGGCAAAACCCCUACACCGCACACAGAGCUUCUCUACUGGAAGACCAGACGGGCUGACUUGGAGUGCAUUUACUCCCAGUUAACAUCACACAAAGGGAACAAAAUGAAGACUCUGCUGGAUGCCGUGGAGAGCAGCUAUUCACCAGCUUUUCAAAACAUCCUACAGGACGUCCUUGCAGCUUUGGAGGAAGCAAAGGACAUCUGCACCUACUUGACGCCACUCCAGCCACUCUUGGACGAUUUGGGGAAUAAGGAGUUUUCUGAGGUCAAAGGUCAAAUAGGGCCAAUCAUGCACACUGUGUGUCUCGUGUGGGCCAACUCCGGAUACUACAACACCCCAGCACGAAUCAUUGUUCUUCUGCAAGAGAUCUGCGAUGUCUUCACUCAACAGGCUCGGGCUUAUUUGGUGCCUGAGGAACUUCUCAAAGGAGAGGUUUCUGAAAGUCUCCUGAAGGUGCAGACCAGCCUGGAUAUCCUGGAGCUCUUCAGGAGCACCUACAAGGACCGAAGGGCCAAUCUGGGCCAGUACCAGAGGAACGGGAGCCUGGUGAAGCCUUGGGAUUUUUCCCCGAUUUUGGUCUUUUCUGAACUUGAGCGCUUCAUCCAGAGAGUCAGGUCCAUGGAAGACGUUCUUCUGACAGCAGUGGACUUCCUCAAGCUGGAGAAACUGGAAAUUGGAGGCGAUCGAGGUGGAGCUCUCAGCCAGCAGGUCCAGCUACUCUACCAGGGCUUUGUAGACCGUUUCAAGAGCUUAACAGAGAAAGUCUAUGACUUGGAUUGCUUAGACCUCAACAACAAGGAGUUUGAGGAAGAUGUGAGGGACUUCAAACUGAUGGCGGAUGACACAGACCGACGACUAGGAGCCAUUUUCUGUCAGGCUUUUGAUGAUUCUUCUGGAUUAGAGCACGCCUUCAAGGUUGUGGAUAUGUUCGGUGGUUUGCUGGAGCGUCCCCUAGUUGCACAAGAUGCCAUGGUCAAAUACCCUCGCUUAGUGAGCAUGUCGGGCAAGGAGCUGGAUGGCUGCAAACACCUCUACCACACGCAGAUCAAGACUGCAAAUGAACCGGGUUCUUCCCCAGUGCAUAAGAACAUGCCUGCAGUAGCUGGGUGUCUAAGAUGGGCCCAGGAGGUGCAGCUGCGUAUCCAGACAUCCUUCUCCAAAUUCACACACCUCUCCUACCCGUGCCUGGAAUCUGCACAAGGAGUUCUGGUCAUGCAGAAAUACCACGAGAUGAUGCAACUUCUUGACAGCUACGCCACUAGUAUGUAUGCCACUUGGACCAGGACCGUGGACGAAAGCUGUCAUCACAACCUCAGUCUGCCGUUAAUCCGCAGAGACUUUUCCUCACGACUGAUCUCAGUCAACUUCAGCUCCCAGCUUGCGUCAGUGCUGAGGGAGGUGAAAUACCUGGAAGCUGGACGGACUGACGCCAUCCCUGAAUCUGCAAUGCAGGUUUAUACCACCAGGCGGCAAAUGUGGCAGUACGUGGGUAGCCUGGAGCUUGCCGCUGGCCGGUACAACAAGGUGAUUCAGUCUGUGCUCGAUGUCGAGAAUGUUCUAUUGAAGAACCAGCUCAGAGAUAUUGACAGCCAGCUGCAAAAGGCAGAAGAGGACCUGAGCUGGACCUGCCAAGGCAUUUGGGAGUAUAUUCAAGAGUUGCGAGAUUCCGUUUGUGACCUGGAGAGCCGACUCAAAAGAGCCAAAGACAAUGUGGAGGAGAUUCAGAUCUUUAUCAAAUCCUGGGCAAGUCCCAUGUUUGGCAGGAAAGAGGGCAGAAAAGAUACUCUGCUCAGUCUGGAGGAUCGUGCCGAAAGGCUUGAGCGGUUUUAUAGUAUGAUACGAUCAUCUGGAGAGAAGAUUCACUUCUUGAUAAAGAGGAACCUCGAGCUUUUCAGAGCAGAACCAUCCUCGGAAGAAUGGAAAGCCUAUGUGGAGUACAUUGACGACAUGGUCGUGGACGGAUUGUACAACUGCAUAGAGUGUUCGCUCAGGUUCUUCCUGGAUAACACUGAUGAAAAAACCACAAGAGCGCCCCUCUUUGAGGCCCAACUGGAUCUGAGAGUUCCCGACAUGGUGUUCAUUCCUUCUCUGGAGUUUGGAGACACAGACAGUUUGUUUGAGCUGGUGGAGAGUCUUAUCAAUGAUGUGUUCAGGGUGUCUUCCCUGGUGCCCCGCGUCUCCCAGAACUGUGCCGUUCCUCACUACCAGGAGGACAUGGAAGAUAUGACGGACUUGGCAGACAUGCGUCACCUCCUCAUGGAUCGCAUCCAGAACCUCAUGGCGACAUGCUGUGUGUUCCGCAACUCUUUGGAGACUUACAGCUAUCUGUAUGUCGACGACAGGAAGGAGGUCUUGCGGCACUUCCUUCGAUAUGGACACACUCCGCCGAGCCAUGAGAUGUUGGUUCGGGUUGAUGAGGGUAUUCCAGAAAUGCCACCGACACUCGAUAACUUCAAACAGCAGGUGGAUAGGUAUGAGAAGAUCUACGAGGAGUUGCAGUCUCUGGAGCUGGUGCGUGUAUUCCAUGGCUGGAUGCGGGUGGACGGGCGCAGCAUGAAGAUCGCCUUGCUCAACAUCGUCAAGAAAUGGAGCUUCAUGUUCAAGCGGCACCUCAUUGAGCAUGUCAUCAACAGUCUGUCAGAUCUGGAGGAUUUCAUCAUCAUGGCUGAGACUGGUCUGGGCCAGCAAGUGGACAAAGAGGACUACAACGCACUGGUGGGAGUCAUGGGCCAUCUCCUGGCAGUCAAGGAGAGACAGCAGACUGCGGAUGCUAUGUUUGAACCUCUGCAACAAACCGUUGCUUUGUUGAAGGACUACCAACAGGACGUUCCUGACGUGGUACACAAACAGUUAGAAGAAUUGCCAGAAAAGUGGACCAAUGUGAAAAAGAAGGCUACAAUAGUGAAACAGCAGGUGGCCCCGCUGCAGGCUACUGAAGUGGCCAGGUUCCGGAGAAGGUGUGCUUCAUUUGAAGUGGAGCAACACAAUUUCAAGGAGUACUUUCACAACAAUGCACCCUUCAGAUUUGACAGCAAGCAUCCACACCAGACGUUGGAUGCUUUCCAUGGGCGGAUCCAGGAACAGGAGGCGGUGAUGACCUCCCUGGUGGAAUCUGCCAGCUUGUUUGAGGUCACAGUCUCCGAGUACAAACAACUCCAACAAUGCAGGCGUGAGGUGGGCCUGCUGAAGGAGCUGUGGGACAUGAUCGCUGUGGUGGAAUCCAGCAUGCUGGCAUGGAAAAUGACUCCCUGGAGACAAAUUCAUGUGGAGGACAUGGAGCUGCAGUGCAAAUGCUUCUCCAAAGAUAUUCGGGCACUGGAUAAAGAGGUUCGAGGGUGGGAGGCCUUCACAGCCUUGGACAGCAAGGUGAAGAACCUCCUCAUUUCCCUGCGGGCUGUGGCGGAGCUCCAGAAGCCAGCAAUACGAGGCAGACACUGGCAUCAGCUGAUGGCUGCUACUGGGGUGCAUUUCACCAUGGAUCAGGAAACAACUCUCGGUGACCUGCUUCAACUGAACCUGGACAGUUUUGAAGAGGAGGUACGAGGGAUCGUGGACAAGGCUGUCAAAGAAAUGGGGAUGGAGAAAAUCCUCUCAGAGCUCAACUCCACAUGGAAAGGUAUGCAAUUCCAGUACGAGCCCCACCACCGCACCCAGGUCCCCCUGCUGCGCUCAGACGAAGAGCUUGUCGAGAUACUGGAAGACAACCAAGUCCAGCUGCAGAACCUCAUGUCUUCUAAGCAUAUCGCCCACUUCCUGGAUGAAGUGGCAUCUUGGCAGAGCAAGCUGUCUGUUGCAGACUCAGUCAUCUCCAUUUGGUUUGAGGUGCAGCGGACUUGGACCCAUCUGGAGAGCAUCUUCAUCGGUUCAGAGGACAUACGCAGUCAGCUGCCUGAGGACUCGAAGCGCUUCCAAAGGAUUGAUGUCGAUUUCAAAGAGCUGGCUAACGCGUUGCAUCAAACACCCAAUGUAGUGGAGGCCACCGGUCGGCCGGGUCUCUUCAACAAACUGGAGGACAUCCAGUGCAGGCUGUCUCUGUGUGAAAAAGCCCUGGCAGAGUAUCUGGACUCGAAGCGACUGGCCUUCCCUCGAUUCUACUUCAUCUCCUCCGCAGAUCUCUUAGACAUCCUGUCUAAUGGGACCAACCCACACCAGGUCCAGAGACAUCUGUCUAAGCUCUUCGACAACAUGGCUAAAAUGAAUUUACAAGCAGAUGGGCAGGGCAGUCCUCCUAAGACCGGUUUGGGCAUGUACAGCAAAGAGGAGGAGUACGUGCCCUUUAAUCAGCCGUGUGACUGUUCUGGACAGGUCGAGGUUUGGUUGAACCGGGUUUUGGACACCAUGCGCUCCACCGUGCGUCAUGAGAUGACGGAGGCGGUGACGACCUAUGAAGAUAAACCUCGAGAACAGUGGUUGUUUGAUUAUCCAGCUCAGGUGGCACUGACCUGCACUCAGAUAUGGUGGACAUCAGACGUGGGUAUGGCUUUCGCCCGUCUUGAAGAAGGCCAUGACGGCGCUCUAAAAGAGUAUUAUAAGAAGCAGGUGUCUCAGCUCAACACCCUCAUAUCAAUGCUGAUUGGCCAACUGUCACCUGGAGAUCGGCAGAAAGUCAUGACCAUCUGCACUAUCGACGUCCACGCCAGAGACGUAGUCGCCAAGAUGAUUGCUCAGAAGGUGGAGAAUUCCCAGGCAUUUGUAUGGCUUUCCCAGCUGAGGCACCGUUGGGAUGAGAAGGAGAAGCAUUGUUUUGCAAAUAUAUGCGAUGCUCAGUUCCUGUACUCCUACGAGUACCUGGGAAACACGCCGCGAUUGGUCAUCACGCCGCUAACAGACAGAUGUUACAUCACCUUGACUCAGUCCCUCCACUUGACAAUGAGUGGAGCUCCAGCAGGGCCUGCAGGGACUGGGAAAACCGAGACAACCAAAGACUUGGGGCGAGCACUCGGCAUCAUGGUCUACGUGUUUAACUGCUCGGAGCAAAUGGACUACAAGUCCUGUGGAAACAUCUACAAAGGUCUGGCUCAGACAGGCACUUGGGGCUGUUUUGAUGAAUUCAACAGGAUCUCAGUGGAGGUGCUAUCCGUGGUGGCAGUACAGGUCAAAAGUAUCCAGGAUGCCAUCCGAGAUAAGAAACAGAGGUUUCAUUUCAUGGGUGAAGAGGUAAACCUUUGUCCCACCGUGGGUAUCUUCAUCACGAUGAAUCCAGGCUACGCUGGUAGGACGGAGCUUCCCGAGAACCUCAAGGCUCUGUUCAGACCGUGUGCCAUGGUGGUACCGGACUUUGAGCUGAUUUGUGAAAUCAUGUUGGUGGCUGAGGGCUUCCUCUGCGCCCGGGUCCUCGCCAGGAAGUUUAUCACGCUCUACACACUUUGCAAAGAGCUACUUUCAAAACAGGACCACUAUGAUUGGGGCCUCCGAGCCAUCAAGUCCGUCCUGGUCGUCGCCGGCUCUUUAAAGAGAGGUAAUCCCGGCCGAGCUGAGGACCAAGUACUCAUGAGAGCGCUACGAGACUUCAACAUCCCCAAAAUUGUCACCGACGACAUGCCUGUGUUCAUCGGGCUGAUCGGUGACCUCUUCCCCGCUCUGGAAGUAGCCAGGAAAAAAGACCUGGACUUUGAGAAGAACGUGAAAGAAGCUGUUCUCGACUUGAAAUUACAGCCGGAAGACAAUUUUGUAUUGAAGGUGGUGCAGCUGGAAGAGCUUUUGGCCGUGCGCCACUCGGUGUUUGUCAUUGGGAAUGCCGGUACUGGGAAGAGCCAGGUGCUCAGGUCACUCCAAAGGAGCUACCAGAACAUGAAACGCCGACCCGUGUGGGUCGACCUCAACCCAAAAGCGGUGACAAACGAUGAGCUGUUUGGUAUCAUCAACCCAGCAAACAGAGAGUGGAAAGACGGUAAUUUUAGAGAAGUUUUUGCUUGUCUAAAAAAGUAUUUCAUGACCUGUAUGCUUACAUUGUCUCCCACAGGUCUGCUUUCUUGUAUAAUGCGUGAAUUAGCCAACGUGACUCACAGUGGGCCAAAGUGGAUUGUUUUGGAUGGAGACAUUGACCCCAUGUGGAUUGAGUCACUCAACACCGUCAUGGAUGACAACAAGGUCCUGACCCUCGCCAGCAAUGAGCGGAUCCCGUUGAACUCCACAAUGAGACUGGUGUUUGAGAUCAGCCAUCUUCAAACCGCUACCCCUGCCACUGUGUCCAGAGCAGGAAUCCUGUAUCUAAACCCAGCAGACCUUGGCUGGAACCCGUUAGUGUCCAGCUGGAUUGACAAAAGGGAGGUGCAAUCUGAGAAGGCGAACCUCACAAUUCUGUUCGACAAGUACCUCCCCUCUUGCCUGGAUGCCCUGAGAUCGAGGUUCAAGCAGAUCAUCCCCAUUCCUGAGCAGAGCAUGGUCCAGAUGCUUUGCUACUUGCUGGAGUGUUUGCUCACCACAGAAAAUACCCCACCAGACUGUCCUCAGGAACUUUAUGAGCUGUAUUUUGUUUUUGCUGCUGUGUGGGCCUUCGGGGGAGUCUUGUCCCAAGAACAGCUAGUUGACCACAGAGUGGAAUUCAGCAAGUGGUGGGUGGCUGAGUUCAAAACCAUCAAGUUCCCAUCCCAAGGCACGGUGUUCGAUUACUUCAUCGACCCAGACAGCAAGAAGUUUGAACCCUGGUCCAAAAUGGUGCCCAAGUUUGAGAUGGAUGCAGAUGCCCCGCUUCAGGCAUGCCUGGUUCACACAGCGGAGACCAUCCGUGUCCGUUACCUUAUGGACUAUCUACUGGAACACCAGAGGCCCGUCAUGCUGGUUGGGAAUGCAGGGACUGGGAAGUCUGUCUUAGUCGCAGACAAACUUUCAUCAUUGGACCCUGAUAAAUACAUGGUUAAAAACGUCCCAUUCAACUAUUACACCACCUCUGCAAUGCUGCAAGCUGUGCUGGAAAGGCCCCUUGAGAAAAAGGCUGGGCGCAAAUAUGGACCCCCCGGCAAUAGAAGAUUGAUUUACUUCAUAGACGACUUGAAUAUGCCUGAGGUGGAUGCCUAUGGCACGGUCCAACCUCACACACUCAUACGCCAACACAUGGACUACAACCACUGGUAUGACCGAAAUAAGCUCCUUUUGAAGGAAAUACAAAAUAUUCAGUACGUGUCCUGUAUGAACCCAACAGCUGGCAGCUUCACCAUCAAUCCAAGGCUGCAGCGCCAUUUCUCCGUCAUUGCCCUGUCUUUCCCCGGAGCUGAGGCCCUCACAACCAUCUACACUGCAAUCCUGUGGCAACACCUCCAAAAUGAUGGCUUUACCGCCACAGUACGAAAGAACACCUCAGCUCUGGUGCAGCUCGCCGUGGCUAUGCAUCUGCGUGUCGCCUCCACUUUCCUCCCCACCGCAGUCAAGUUUCACUACAUCUUCAACCUGCGAGACCUCUCCAAUAUCUUCCAGGGUAUUCUUUUUAGCACGGCUGAGUGUCUGAAAACCCCGUCGGACCUCCUGAAAAUCUUCAUGCACGAGUCUAACCGCGUCUACAGAGACAAGCUUGUUGAGGAGCAUGACUUCCAGAUCUUUGAUAAGCUACAGGCGGACAUGGUGAAAAAAUACUUUGAGGACAUGGAGGAGAGUCUGGAACAGACCCGGAAGAUGAACCUGUACUGCCACUUUGCCCACGGCCUGGGGGAAGCCAGGUACAUGGCUGUGGAGUCCUGGAGCAGCCUCAAUAAAAUCCUGCUGGAAGUACUGGACAGCCACAAUGAGGUCAACGCCAUGCUCAAUCUGGUGCUGUUUGAAGACGCCAUGGCUCACAUCUGCCGUAUAAAUCGAAUCCUGGAGUCUCCGCGGGGUAACGCACUGUUGGUUGGAGUAGGCGGCAGUGGCAAGCAGAGUCUGACCCGACUGGCUGCCUUCAUCUCCAAUCUGGAGGUUUUCCAGAUCACCUUAAGGAAGGCGUACGGCAUUGCUGACCUCAAAAGUGACCUGGCUUCGCUCUACAUCAAAGCUGGCGUGAAGAAUAUUGGCACCGUGUUCCUAAUGACUGAUGCCCAAGUGGCAGACGAGAGGUUCCUCGUUCUGGUCAAUGAUCUGUUGGCAUCAGGGGAGAUUCCGGACCUGUUCCCAGACGAUGAGGUGGAGAACAUCAUCGGCAGCAUGAGGCCAGAGGUGCGCAGCUCAGGAUUGAUGGAUACAAGAGAAAACUGCUGGAAGUUCUUCAUCGACCGCAUUCGCAGACAGCUCAAGGUGGCUCUUUGUUUCUCACCGGUUGGUAGCAAGCUGAGGGUUCGUAGCAGGAAAUUCCCAGCUGUGGUGAACACAGCCAUCGUCUGGUUCCACGAAUGGCCGCGGGAGGCGUUGGAGUCCGUCAGCCUCAGGUUUCUGCAGGAAGUGGACAAUAUUGAACCCGAAGUGAAGGAGUCUGUGAGUAAAUUCAUGGCGUACGUCCACAUGAGUGUCAAUCAGACGUCGAAGGAAUGCCUGGCCGUCGAGCGGCGCUACAACUACACCACACCCAAGUCUUUCUUGGAACAGAUAAAACUGUAUCGAAGUCUGCUGGGCCAGAAAAGUAAAGACCUCAGCAAGAAGAUAGAGCGGCUGGAGAAUGGCCUGCAGAAGCUCAGCUGCACAUCUGCUCAGGUUGAUGACCUCAAGGCCAAGUUGGCCGCCCAAGAAGUGGAACUCAAGCAGAAGAACGAGGAUGCUGAUAAUCUGAUCCAGGUGGUUGGAAUAGAAACCGAGAAGGUGUCCAAGGAGAAAGCGGUGGCUGAUGAAGAAGAGCAGAAAGUGGCGGCCAUUGCUGUUGUGGUCAGCGGCAAACAAAAAGACUGUGAAGAGGAUCUGGCCAAGGCUGAACCGGCUCUCACCGCUGCACAGGAUGCUCUUAACACACUCAAUAAAAACAACCUGACAGAGUUAAAGUCAUUCGGCUCUCCGGUGCCAGCGGUCACCAAUGUCACGGCGGCCGUCAUGGUCUUAAUGGCGCCCGGCGGUAAAGUCCCCAAGGAUCGCAGCUGGAAAGCUGCAAAGGUUAUGAUGGCAAAAGUGGACACGUUCCUAGAUUCCCUUAUACGAUUCAAGAAGGAGAACAUCCCAGAGACGUGUCUGAAAGCCAUCCAGCCUUACUUGCAGGAUCCCGCCUUCCAACCAGAAGUGGUUGCUGCCAAGUCCUACGCAGCAGCGGGCCUUUGUUCCUGGGUUUUGAACAUAGUCAAGUUCUACAGAGUUUACUGCGAGGUGGAGCCCAAACGUCAGGCUCUGACGAAAGCCAACGCAGAGCUGGCUGCUGCUCAAGGGAAACUCACCAUGAUCAAAACCAAGAUCAAUCACCUUAAUGAGAACCUGGCCAAGCUCACAGCAAAGUUUGAAAAAGCCACUGCAGACAAGCUGAAGUGCCAACAGGAAGCAGAAUCGACCGCACGCACCAUUUCUCUGGCAAACCGCCUGGUGGGGGGUCUCGUGUCGGAGAAUGUACGCUGGGCAGAAGCCAUCAAGAAUUUCAGGAAGCAAGAGAGGACUCUGUGCGGAGAUGUCCUACUUGCCACUGCUUUCAUCUCCUACCUGGGUUACUUCACAAAACGCUACAGAUUACGACUAAUGGACGAAACCUGGAGACCUUACCUUAGCCAGCUGACGGUUCCCAUCCCAGUAACCCCCAAACUGGACCCGAUCACCUUGCUUACGGAUGAUGCCGACAUUGCAGCAUGGCAAAACGAAGGCCUACCCUCAGACAGGAUGUCCACUGAGAACGCCGCCAUUCUCUCUUCCUGCCAGCGUUGGCCCCUGAUGGUAGACCCUCAGCUGCAGGGCAUCAAGUGGAUCAAGAACAAGUAUGGGGAACAGCUGCAUAUUAUUCGCAUCGGACAGCGAGGGUACUUGGAUGCCAUAGAGAGAGCACUGUUACAAGGCCAUGUGGUUCUGAUAGAGAACUUGGAGGAAAACCUGGAUCCUGUUCUUGGACCUCUUCUUGGUAGAGAAACCAUCAAGAAGGGAAGGUAUAUAAAGAUUGGUGACAAGGAGUGCGAGUACAACCACACUUUCCGCCUCAUUCUGCACACCAAGCUCGCCAAUCCUCAUUACCAGCCGGAGCUGCAAGCCCAGUGCACGUUGAUAGAUUUCACUGUCACCAGAGACGGCCUGGAGGACCAGCUUCUGGCCACUGUGGUUAGCAUGGAAAGACCUGAUCUGGAGGAGCUGAAGUCCAACCUCACAAAGCAGCAAAAUGGCUUCACGAUCAAUCUGAAGACACUGGAGGACAAUCUGCUCUCUCGCUUGUCCUCAGCUUCAGGGAACUUCCUGGGUGACACGGAGCUAGUGCAAAACUUGGAGACGACCAAACACACCGCUGCCGACAUUGAAGAAAAGGUAAAAGAAGCUAUGGUCACAGAAGCCAAAAUCAAUGAGGCUCGGGAGCACUACAGACCAGUAGCGGUGCAGUCUUCGUUAUUGUACUUCAUAAUGAACGACCUCAAUAAAAUACACCCCAUGUACCAGUUCUCUCUCAAGGCUUUUAGCGUGGUCUUCCAGAAGGCAGUUCUGAAGGCUGAACCUGACAUGGAUCUGAAGCAGCGGGUGUCCAAAUUAAUUGACAACAUCACUUCUUCGGUUUUCCAGUAUACGACCAGAGGCCUCUUUGAGUGUGACAAGAUCACAUACAUUGCCCAGCUUGCCUUCCAGAUCUUAUUGAUGAAAAGAGAGAUAAACCCUGCAGAGCUGGAUUUUCUUCUGAGAUACCCGGUUCAACCUGGUGUCACAUCGCCAGUGGAUUUCCUGUCCAGCCACUCCUGGGGAGGGAUCAAGUCCUUGUGCUCCAUGGAUGAAUUCAGGAACCUGGACCGCGACAUUGAGGGUUCGGCCAAACGCUGGAAGAAAUUUGUGGAGUCAGAGUAUCCAGAAAAAGAGAAAUUCCCACAAGAGUGGAAGAACAAAUCCUCGCUCCAGAAGCUGUGCAUAAUGAGGGCCCUGAGACCCGACCGCAUGACGUAUGCUGUGAGAGACUUUGUGGAGGAGAAACUGGGGGGCAAGUAUGUGAUUGGCAGAUCUCUGGACUUUGCUGCAUCCUUUGAAGAGUCGGGUCCGACAACGCCCAUGUUCUUCAUCCUCUCUCCUGGAGUCGAUCCUUUGAAGGAUGUGGAGAAACACGGAAAGAAGCUGGGUUUCACCUUUGACAAGAAGAACUUCCACAAUGUGGCACUGGGUCAAGGUCAGGAGGCGGCAGCUGAGCAAGCUCUUGACUUGGCGGCUGAGAAGGGCCAUUGGGUCAUAUUGCAGAAUAUCCACCUCGUCGCUCGCUGGCUUGGCACUCUGGAAAAACUUCUGGAAAAGCGAGCAGAGGGAAGCCAUGAGAACUUCCGGGUCUUUGUCAGUGCUGAGCCUUCGUCCACUCGUGAGGGCCAUAUCAUUCCACAGGGCAUCCUCGAGAACUCUAUCAAGAUAACCAACGAGCCACCGACGGGCAUGCACGCCAACCUGCACAAGGCUUUGGAUAACUUCAACCAGGACACACUGGAAAUGUGUGCACGGGAGAAUGAGUUUAAGAGUAUUCUUUUUGCUCUGUGCUACUUCCAUGCUGUGGUAGCAGAGAGGAGGAAGUUUGGUCCCCAAGGCUGGAACAGAUUGUACCCCUUUAACACAGGAGAUCUCACAAUUUCCAUUAGUGUCCUUUACAACUACCUGGAGGCUAAUCACAAGGUGCCCUACGAUGAUUUGUGUUACCUUUUCGGUGAGAUCAUGUAUGGAGGUCACAUCACGGAUGACUGGGACCGCCGUCUGUGUGGGACCUACCUGGGGGAGUUUGUUAAGCCUGAGAUGAUGGAAGGAGAGUUCUUCCUCGCACCAGGGUUCCCUUUGCCUGGAAACAUGGACUACAAUGGCUACCAUCAGUAUAUCGAUGACACCCUCCCUGCAGAGUCACCCUAUCUGUACGGCCUUCAUCCCAAUGCUGAGAUCGGCUUCCUCACUCAAACCUCCGAGAAGUUUUUCCGCACCGUACUGGAGAUGCAGCCCAGGGAUGGAGGAGGUGCUGAGGGUGGAGGGAUGACUCGAGAGGAGAAGGUUCGUACAGAGCUGGACGAGAUUGUGGAGAAACUCCCAGAGGAAUUCAACAUGGCUGAGCUGCUGGGUAAAGCUGAGGAGAGGACUCCGUACCAGGUGGUGGCGCUCCAGGAAUGUGAGCGCAUGAAUCUUCUCAUCUGGGAAAUUAGACGCUCCCUCCACGAGCUCAGCCUCGGUCUCAAGGGAGAACUAACCAUGACCAGUGAUAUGGAAAACCUUCAGAAUGCAUUAUUUCUGGAGAUGGUGCCUGACACUUGGACCAAGCGUGCUUACCCUUCCAUGUCUGGACUGGCUUUGUGGUUCACUGAUUUGCUGUCCAGGAUCAAGGAGCUGGAAGUUUGGUCUACUGACUUUGUCUUGCCGUCUGUGGUCUGGCUGGCGGGCUUCUUCAACCCCCAGUCCUUCCUCACUGCCAUCAUGCAGGCCACGGCUCGCAGGAAUGAGUGGUCUUUGGAUAGCAUGAGUUUACAGUGUGACAUCACCAAGAAGCAUCGUGAAGACUUGACGUCGCCACCUCGUGAAGGGGCUUAUCUUCAUGGGCUAUACAUGGAAGGCGCCCGCUGGGACACACAGACCGGCUUGAUUGUGGAUGCCCGUCUGAAAGAGCUCACCCCCGCCAUGCCAGUCAUCUUCAUCAGAGCCAUCACGAUGGACAAGCAAGAGAUCAGGAACAUGUACCAGUGUCCGGUCUACAAGACCCGCCAAAGGGGGCCCACGUAUGUUUAUACCUUCAACCUGAAGACCAAAGAAAAACCUUCUAAGUGGACCUUAGCUGGAGUGGCUUUGCUACUGCAAAUCUAGGUUUGCAAUGUUGUGUCAACCCUGUUUUCAGAUUGCCAAUCCUGAAUCAAUUAAAAAUCUAAUUAGGAACCCUGUCAUAUACUGCCCCUGAGCAGUGGAACUGGAAAAUAAUGGAAUUGUGAUUUUUAGAUAUUAAUAUUGCCAUUGCGAUUCAAAUGCAGUUUUUCAUUUUAAAUAUAUAUAUUUUUUUCUCCAACAACAUGUACUGAAUGAUUUUUGUAUGACAA